UUAUAACAUUAUUUUGAGAAAAAGUUUCAUAAACAAUUUUUUUAAAUUGGAGUUAUAUAUGAAAAAAUGUUUGUGCAAAAAGUGUUUGAAAAAGCAUCGCAAUCUGAGCUAUGGAGUUUUGUCAGUUUAUCAUUGGUGAUAUUCGUCAUGUACACAUUGCGCGACUACAUGAAGACAGUAUUGCUGUCAUUGAAAUUGUCGGGACCCACCGCUAUACCUAUUAUGGGCAAUUGCAUGUUGAUAAAGGAAAAGAAUUUACUGCGUUUUCAUGCUGCCAAAGCCUUUAGUCUUUAUGGUUCCUUGGUGCGCAUAUGGGUACUCUUGUUUCCCUUUUUUGUGGUUUUACAACCGGAUGAUUUGCAACUCAUAUUGUCCUCAAAGAAGCACACCAACAAGGUGUUCUUCUAUCGUUUUAUGCAUAAUUUCCUUGGAAAUGGCCUUAUAACAAAUAGUGGCGAUAAAUGGCAUUCACAUCGUCGCCUUAUACAACCCACAUUCCAUUUGAAUAUAUUGGAGCGUUUUAUAGGAACAUUUGCUGAUGCCUCACAGGCAUUAUACGAAAUGUUAGAUCCAUUGGCAGAUCAGGAUAUAAACAUUACACAUUAUGUUAAUAAUUGUAUUAUCGAUAUAUUGAAUGAAGCUGUCUUAGGUGUACCGGUUAAGAAAACCACUGUGCAAAUGGAACCCUCUCCAUUUAGAAAAGGUCAACUGGUUAUACCACAUCGUUUUCUCAAACCCUGGCUACUCUUUGACAGCAUAUACCAGAUGACACAAUUGGCCUCCGAUGAGCUGCAACAAAAACGUCGCCUUAAUGAAUUCACCAGAAAAAUGAUCAAAGUUCGUCGUGAAAUGCGAGAGAAAAAUGAAAUUCAAAACAAAUGUCUCUUGGACUAUAUGAUCGAGAUAUCCGAUAGUAAUCCCGGUGAAUUUACAGAAGAUGACAUUGUAGAUGAGGCUUGUACAUUCAUGUUGGCUGGACAAGAUUCGGUGGGAGCAGCUGUGGCCUUUACCAUAUUCCUCUUAGCCCAAAAUCCCGAAUGCCAGAGCAAGUGCGAAGAGGAAAUUGAGCGCAUAUUUGGAGAUGACAAUCGUGCUCCCAGUAUGCAAGAUCUUAGGGAAAUGCGUUACCUGGAAAUGUGUAUUAAAGAGUCAUUGCGUCUGUAUCCCAGUGUUCCGCUCAUAGCACGUAAACUUGGAGAGGAGGUGCGUCUUUCGAAAUAUACCUUACCAGCUGGUAGCAAUGUUUUCAUAUGCCCCUAUGCCACUCAUCGUUUGCCUGACAUCUAUCCGGAACCAGAAAAAUUCAUACCAGAACGUUUUAGUGCCGAAAAUUCAGAGAAACGUAAUUCUUAUGCAUUUUUGGCCUUUAGUGCGGGACCACGCUAUUGCAUUGGCAAUCGUUUUGCCAUAAUGGAAAUAAAAACAGUCAUAUCAAGACUCUUAAGAAGUUAUCAUAUACUGCCGGUGGCUGGAAAGACAGCAUUUCUGCCGGUGUACCGUAUAACGCUGAGGGCUUCUGGAGGAUUGUGGGUGCAUUUCAAGUCACGAGAACAUAAACUCACCGAUCUUAGCUGUUAAGACAUUAGAAGGUAGUAAGAGUAGAAAUUUUAAUUUGAAUUGAAAGCUAACUAUUGAGUCAAGCGCUAGAAGAGGCCAAAAGCUAAGCCUCACAUAACACAAUUGGGUUGGAAUAGUUAAGCCGGUAUUACACGGCAUGUAGUUGUCUUAUGACAUGCCACUUUUUGUAUUAACAUGUUUGUCAAAAUUGACAAUUUACAUAGG